AUGUACCAGGAUGACAGAACUCGUUGUGUUGCUUGUCGCACAGUCGCCAAAGCAUUGCAAAGCUUUGGUGCACUCAUGGAGAUGCCAUUCAAACAUGGCCAACCAACGAUUGGUGAUGCUAAAGACAACCAACCCCAGAAAUCAGUUGUCGCUUCGUCUUCUAAGGAAGACCUGGGAGCUCCUAAUCCUACGAUCCUGAAAUUCGAAUCGGAUGUUGUUGGCGAAGGUGCAUUUAUCCUGCCAGCAAGCCGCUUACAGCGACUAGCCCUGAGUGGAAGGAAAGAUGCAAGUCUCGAGAUCAGUGCAUUGGUGGCAGAAGGAGCAGGACAUUACGAGAAAGUUGCUUCUGAUAAUGGUCGCACAGUCAUGCAAAUCGCCGUAUCUCUUGGUGACAUUGACCUCCUCGAGAAGCUCAUCGCUGCCGAUAUCAAUGUCAACGAACUUCCCUGUGCUAACAAUGGUCGGACAGCUCUCCAAGCAGCUGUAGAGCGUGGCGACUUGGCUAUUGUUACUCGUCUACUAGCAGCUGGCGCUGAUCCUAACGGACCUGUGAGUCUUUCAGGAGGACUUAGCGCUCUGGAAGGAGCUGCGAAAAUUGGUCACAUUGGAAUACUGGCUCUCUUACUUCAACAUGGUGCUUCGAUUCGCAACAAUCGCAAACGGAGGUCCGCACUUCAUUGCGCUGCAGAAAAUGGCCAUGAGACCGCUGUGGCGAUUUUACUUGCCUACGGCUUUGACCCAGAAGCAUAUUUGGAGCUCCCCAAUGAUGAAGGGCGGAAAACUCGUUUCAGCCUGAACAUCAAUUUCACUCCGUCAGAGAUGGCUGCGAAAAAUGGUCACAUUGGGGUAUUGAGAGUCCUGAGAAAAAAUGGUGUCGUCACCAACCCUAUCAGCACAGCUUGUCAGUAUGGGCAUGUGCCGAUUGUGGAGUGGCUUUUGGAUGAUUCCAGGAAACGGGAGGCGGAGAAAUUUGAUAUUCAAACCGUAAAUGACCAGGACGACGAUGAGGAUGAGGAAGAUGCCAUAUAUCAGAGGUACUACCGCCAGAGCCGCAUAUUCAAGAGCACCGAUGAUUAUGGUUAUCCUAAGCGGGAGGGAUUGGAAGGAACGCUAGAUCAACUGCUAGAAAUUGCUGCAGAACAUGGUCAGUUAGAAGUGCUGAAAUUGCUUCUCGACAAUGGAGCCAUACUUCGAGUCCCGGGCAGUGGAAGCACAGUUGACCCCGACCCUGAAUUCCCAGAUGAGGAGACACCAACGUUUUAUGACUCAACUCUACUGCACAAAGCCGCCAAGAGCAGCAGCGUCGAGACUGUAGCUUACCUCUUGACGCAAGGGUUUGAAUUGGAAGAGACUCGAGUCUACCAGGAGAAAACACCUCUUAUGGUUGCGGCGGAAGAAGGACGAUAUGCGACUUUCGAGUUCCUCGUCGCAAAAGGCGCCAAUGUCCAUGCAGUAAGUAAAUCAGGACAAACGCUCGCGAUUAUAGCAGCGAGAGGUGGCUCAGAAGACAUUCUUCGCCUUCUGUUCAGGCACAAUGUCGACCUCACAAAGAUAGGCAGUUAUUCUGAGUCAGCCUUGGCUGCUGCGCUAAGCUCAGGACAUGACUCUAUUGCCAGACUCAUACUGGAACAGCUCGACAAGCAUAGCGAGAAAAGUGGCUACAAUGCUUGUCUCAGUGGCGCGCUUGACGUUGCAGCUACGAUGGCCAACUUGCCUUUCAUUCGCAAGCUAAUUGCGCGCGGUACUGACCUCGACUUCAACAUCUCUCUACAACAUAUGAGAACUUUCAUUCGUGAAGAAGUAAACGAGGAUGACGCAAUCGAGUGUGUACGUCUACUGAGUGCAAAGGGUGGCACUUUUACGGACUUGUCGAGAAUUUUGAACCGGCUAGAACAAGCUGGAAGGUCUAAGCUAGCAACCGUCUUUGUGCAAAGUUUCAAAAGUUGUCCGCCAGAAAAGGACAUCAAGUGGGUAGAACACAUCGAGAGCGCCGCCAAGAUGGGUGAUGCGGAAUAUGCUGGCGCAUUGAUCAGGGCAUAUCGGCGGUCGCUGGGCGAGAAAGACGGCCAAGCGUUCAUACCACGGCAUUGGACGCUGCAGUCUGCUUUCAGUGCAGCGAUAGAUCACGGGCAGCUGGAGAUCGUGGAUCUUAUACUCGAAGCUUCCACCACAGAAGACGCAAGAAAAUAUGUGGAUGGUGUGUCGCGACUUCUGGGGCCGAAGGAUCACGCAAGGCGUUAUUUGGAGGAGCGAUAUGUCUUGAAACCUCUGGAGGAUGUUCCCAGAUACCAAACUCAGCAGUAUUGGAGUGACAGGUUCAGGCGGCCAGGACAACUUUUCGAUUUUGAUGUGUGA